AUGGUAUUGUCAUCAAUUGUCUUAUGUCUUUUACUGACAACGCAAGAAGCUUUCUCACCAUUUAUCGCUUACGCUGGUUUUCGGCGUACGCCAUACUAUCCUAACAGUCCACACGCACCAUAUUAUGGUCCCCCUCUCCCUCCUCCUCGUCCCCCACUUUAUCCUAUUUUUCGUUUCAAAAAAUCUCCACCUUUAAGCUCAAUCCCUUUAUUUCGGUCUGAUAAAUCAUUUUUGAAUCACAAUCAAGGCCUGCAGUCUGUUUCCACUAAUAUUCUUGAAUCUAGUGAUCCUCAUUUUGGUAAAAAUAGUGGCUCAAAAUCCACAUUUACAAGUGAACAUGAAAUGAAUAGUCUGAUUUUCAAUAAAAAUGGUGCAUUCGGCGCAAAAAAAGUUGAUUCAAAGUUGAAAAGCAUCUCCAGCAGUCAAACCAUUAGCAACCUCAAUAACAAGCGAAUAAGUCAAGUGUCACCAGUUGUACCUGAUUCAUUCCGUUCUUUGGUUCAACAAUUUCAUGAUAAAUAG